AUGGAGACCCUGAUCGAAAACCUGAGCAGGAUCAAAAACAUGAGAGCCGUCAUGAUUAAUCUUCGCAAAGGUAUCAGUGGCAAUGGGGCAAGCAAANGAGGACCACCCAACUUCAUCUGGACUGGCGUUCGUCUAUUUGCAUACCACGCCUUGCAAAUCAAAGACUGCUUCCAGGAGAUCGUUGGUGGAGAGCGACUCGCGAUUCGAAACAAAGUUAUGGACCAAUUCCAUAGUCUACAACUGGCUGAAGUUGGUAAGAGUAUCACUGAGAUCAUCGAUUUUGAACUAUCCCAAGACCAAGGUCGCAACGUUGUCAGACAAGGUGUGGAUCAUGACCUAGAUGAGCUCAAACGGACCUAUGAAGGACUCGAAAGUCUUCUUGCCCAGGUAGCUCAUCAUGUUGCCCAGUCUGUGCCAGAAGCCUUGAACGCGAACAUCAACGUUGUGUUCUUCCCUCAGAUCGGCUUUCUCAUUGCUAUACCUCAGGAUCCAAUAACGGGCCACGGCGUCUUUGAAGGUCCCGAAGACGAUCCUUGGGAGAAGAUGUUCACUACCGAGGAUUUUGCUUAUUACAAGAACGAAAACGUCAUUGAGAUGGACUCAUACUUCGGAGACAUAUAUGGACGCAUCUGUGGUUAG